AUGGAGCAGGAAAGGGGUUUUAAUUACUGGCUCAGUGCAUCGCCAUCCGAAUGGGACCCGCUACAGUAUCAUAAAGCCUGGGUCGCUGCUGGUUUUCCUUUGAACAAAGGGACCGUUUCUAUGGCUCUCAAAAAUCAGCUCAAAUGGCUCCAAAGACGGGGCUCUGACAAAGAGAAGACAUCGGCAAAACAAGCGCUAGAGAAGAACGAGCGAGAUAUUAAAAGAAACGGACGUAUAUAUACUUAUUGGGGAUCAGGUGCUAGGAUAGAUGCAGAGAUUCAGGAAUCAAUGCAAAAUUAUGAACUAAGGGUGACAAACGAGGUCACGGACCAAAUGACAACAGUUGCCAGCGCUGCCACCUCCAACAUAAAAAGUCGGUUCACACGUUGUCAAGAAGAGGAAGAGAGUGCUAGGACGAUUGAAGAAGAGCUAACUUUAGAAAAUGACACUACCACCGAGUUGGAGGAUGAGAAUCAUUACAAUGAUGAGACGGCCCUAGUGCACAAUAUUCUACAAGAUAUGGUCAAAGCAUCAGCUGCUGAAAAGGCUGUUUCUGAGCAUUUUGCUCAACACUUCAGUUCCUAUAAUAUAAUGGACUUACGCCCAACAUCAGAGCUAUCGCUAUCACUCAACAAUGACACACAGGAAACUCUUCUUCAUGAAGUUUUUGACGAUAUUGACGAUUUUAUCACGGAAGAAUUGCACGACUUCCUAGUUAAUUUCUUCAAUGCAGAUCGAGGUCUACGGGGUUGGAUAGAUGCUGUGGAAAAGAUGCCACCUGAUGAUUCAGAUUCUGACUCGCUAAAAAAAACGAAAAGAUUGCUAAAGCAGACACUUCCAGGAUUCUUAAGAGCAUUCAGCCUAUCUGCUCUUAAUCCCCUCCGUGACAUCACAACUUUGGAGCGUCCUCAUUUAAACAAAUUCGUACACCCUUUGAUUGAGGCAGCUCUAUACAUCUUUGCAGAUGUGAUCUAUGUCUUCGGUGAAAUUCCACUAGAAACACAAAAAAAUAGAAAAAAGUAUGUAGAUGGUGUGGGCUAUAUAAAUAAUAUAGAAAAGUAUGCAGUUGUUUGUGGAGAGGGUGCAAGGCCGGGAGCACCAGCAAAGAAGAUUGUGGAUGAUGAUGUAAAGAACAUGCAGACGAUGGCAAGUCUUUACAACGAUAUUGUUCUUUCUGAGGCUGCAGCACGUCGUCGAUUUUGCAUAAACCUCCGGGUAUAUGGUUGGACAGCCUCAAGGACGAACAUCAAUCUGACAAUGCUCGACUUCCGUGAGAAACACAGGCUGUUUGAAGUCGAUAGGUUUAAUAUUCCUAGAGACUGGGAAGAAAUGCCUGACUUCGUCUUCAUGUAUGAAGGCUUAAUCAAGUGGGCGCUCUGUGUCAAUUUGACACGAGGGGAAUUGGCAGCCCAGCGGAAGAAGAGAAAAUUAAGUCGCUACUCAGAAGUAAGACUUGUGAAGAAACUUGCACAUCUCCAAAAAUAA